AUGGAUCGCCACCGACCAGCUGCGUUGACUCCAUCUGCGGCUAGAACCGCUGAAAUUAUGGAAGCUCGCGCAAACUUUCGCAAAACUUUCGAAGAUAGCCUUGGACUACUCAAUUCCAUAACGUUGGAAGAAGGUGUUUACUUCCAAGCCGUGGACAAUAACAUCGCCGACACAAAUUCAUUGUAUCAGAAGUUUCAAUGCGUGCUAAAAGAAAUCGUCGAUGCUGAACCGGAAUUAGCCGCUGCGGUUAAAUCGGGUGAAAAAGGGUUGGAAGUUUUGGAGGACCAUCAAAAAGUUAAAGAACUUAUUCCCCCACCGGAACAAAAAUAUUAUGCUCCUGAAUGA